AUGAAGUACAUCGUCUCCAUCGCCUUGCUCGCAUCUGCCGCCAUGGCUCAGGUGGGCUCGAACUCACUAUCUGCAUCUCAAUGUGAUGCCAGCCAUCUCCAGUGCUGUGACACUGUUGGACCGACUUCUAGCAACGAGGUCACCCAGCUGUUGAGCCUGCUUAAUAUUCCCGCUGAUGGUCUUACCGGAGAAGUUGGCCUUGAGUGUGACCCGAUUCUUAGCGUCACCGUUCCUCACUGUGAGGCUCAGCCGGUUUGCUGCAGUGGUACCAGCAACGGCGGACUGGUUAACGUUGAUUGUGUCCCGGUCAACCUUGACUUGUAG